AUGGAGAAGCUGCAGGAGUCGAACAAGGCGUUGCAGAAGGAGCUGAAGAAGAGCAACAAGAAGGGCAAGAAGUCGUCGUCGUCGUUGUCGUCGUCCUCUACCGACCUCACGGCGAGCGAGAAGGAGAUUGAGAAGAUUCGAGAGGAACUGGACGCGACGAUCCAGGAGAAGAAGCAAGUGGAGGAGGAGAAGGAAGCUCUUCUGAAGGAGAAGGAGGAGCUGGAGAAGAAGCAGAGAGAGCUGGAGGACGAGCUGGACAAGUCGCACAAGGACAUCGAGGUGAAGGCUACGGAGUUGACAUCGCUUGCGGGCAUGAUGAAGGAGAACAAGGAGAGCUCGCUGAAGGAGAAGGAGGAGGAGCUGGAGAAGCUCCAGAAGGAGAAGGAGGAGUGCGAGAAGGAGCUGGAGGAGCUGCGGAAGGAGCUCGAGCAGGCUCAGCACCGAAACGCUCUCCCGGAGGACCAGGUGGAGCGCGAGAAGGAGCUGGAGGAGGAGCUGGAGAGCAAGACGAACGAGCUGGAGCAGGUGCUGAAGGAGAAGGAGGAGAUCGAGAAGACGCUGGAGGAGGUGGAGAAGGCGAAGAAGGAGGCCGAGGAGAAGCUGGAAGAGCACAAGCUGGAGAACGAGGCCAAGCUGGCUGCUGCGGCUGCGGCUGCCGACGCGAAGAUUCGCAGCUUCGAGGAGCAGCGCGAUGAGAUGAAGAAGGCCGCCGAGGAGGCGGAGAAGCGCGUGCAGGAGCUGGAGAAGGAGCUGGAGGAGGCGCAAGCGGCGGCUCGUGAUGCCGAUGAAACGGUGAAGGACCUGGAGAAACAGCUCGAUGAGAUAAAGAAACGACCCGAGGAGGCGGAGUCUGCGUCAGACGCGGACGCGGAGAAGCAGAUCGCUGCCUUGGAGCGGGAAUUGGCGGACGCCAAGGAGGCCGCGGAGAAGAAGACGCAGGAGUUCGAGGAGCUGAAGAAGGAGAACGAGGAGAAGAUCGGCGAGCUGAACAACGCGAAGACGCAGCUGGACGAGAAGGCUGCGGAGCUGGAGGAGGCUCGCACCGAGGUGGAGAAGAUGCGCAGCGAGCUGGAGGACGCCAACAUGCGCGCGGAGAGAGCGGCCGCAGCCGAGCAGGCGGCGCAGGAAGAAGUGGAGCGCGUGAAGGCGGAGCUGGAGAACCUGGAGAAGGAGCUGAAGGCCACGCAGGAGCAGCUGGAGUCGCUGCUGAGCGAUGGAGAGGAGAAGAAGGAGGAACUGGACCGAGCCAAUCUGGACAAGAUGAAGAGCGCGCAGGAGGCGCUGACGCUGUCCAUGGCGGUGAACGAACUGAACAAAAAGACGAAAGAGCUGGAGAAGCAGCGCGAGGAGAACGAAGCCAAGAUCAAGGACUUGGAGGAGGAGCUGGAGAACACGCAGAAGACGAUCGAGGAGCAGCAAAAGCAGGUCGAGGAGCUGGCGACUCAGGUCGCGGCGUCCGCGAGCAGCAAGCCUGGCGAAGCGGCGGGCUCGAAGGAUCAAUCCGAUCUGGAGAAGCAGCUGAGAGAGUCGCAGCGCCAGCUGGAGGAGGUGCAGAACGAGAAGGAGGACGUGGAGCGCGCGCAGCGCGAUCUGGAGUACGAUCUGGAGGAGAAGAAGGAACAGCUGGAGGCGCUGACGAAGGAGAAGGAGGAGAAGGAGAAGGAGGUGAAGGAGAAGGACGAGCAGAUCGAUCGGAUCACGCGCGAGCUGGAGUCGGUGCGCGACCUGGCGGAGACCUCGAACCAGAAUCUGGAGAGCAAGGAGGAAGAGCUGGCUGCGAAGAUCGAGGAGCUGGAGCGUCUGACGCGGGACCAGGAAGACAAGGAGAAGCAGAUCGAGGAGCUGAAGGAAGAGGUGGAGCGACUGCGCGGCGCGGCGGAGAAGGGAUCUGCGGACGAGGACGUGGAGGCGCUGCAGCGAGAGAUCGAAGAGAAGAACAAGCGGAUCCAGGAGCUGCAGGACUCGAUGGAAAAGAAGAGCGCAGGUGGUUCGGCGGAGUCGAGCGACUCGGAUGUGGAGGACAUGAAGGAGCAGUACAGAGAGCGUCUGCAGGCACUGAACGAGGCAGCGAAGGCGAGCGGGUCCAAGGGCCGGCUGGAGACGCUGCUGACCGCGCAGCUGGAGAAGAACCGCAAGAUGGAGGAGAAGAACCGCGAGCUGAGACGAAAGAACAAGGAGUCAGAGCGAAUGAUCCAGCGAAAGGAUCAGGACAUCGCGAAACUGCAGAAGGGAAUGGAGCAGUUGAAGCAGCAGUGCGACAAGGACGUGCGAAGCUCGAAGGACGAGGUAUCCAAGGCCAUGAUCGAGUUGCGCAGGGAGAACGAGGAGCUGCGCAAGAGCUUGGAGCAGUACAUGGAAGGAGCCUAAUAGUAGUCAUAA